CCUCGAUCAGUAUGUUUCCACGCGAUCAUGUUCCCAAAACAAGAGGUUAUGUUACCCAUGAUGGCUAUCCCCUCUGUUUGUUGGGCUGUGAAGACCUCGAUUGUUCAUUAUCACUUACAGACAAAGCCCCUCGUCCCUAGCUAGUGCUUACAAAAGGUGGAUCUAGAAUUGCUGAACGUAAAUCACACAAUACAUUUCCUAAAGAGGAAGGACCUGCUUAGGUUUACUCUGCGCCGUUGACCCAGAGGAAGUGGGGACCAGACAUGGCACGAGUUAUUGAAGCGGUACAAAUCUUUAAAAAGGUUGAGGAUGUGACAUCGCCGAAGGAUGAUCCGCCUCCGGUCUAUCUUAUGGACGAGUUGUCGGACAUGGCACGAGGUUCUAUGGAGUCAUCUGAGAAAAUUGCUGACCGCAUUGCGAAGCGCUUGCAACAUAAGUCUCCUGUGGUGAAGUAUAAGGCCUUGCGACUCACGCGCCACAUUGUGAACAAAGGCUGCCACCACUUCCAAAGGGCUAUGCAACGGCACGCGAACCUUGUCAGGGAGCUUAUCCAUUUCAAGGGAGAGGCCGACCCAUUCAAGGGCGACACCCCCAACCAACGUGUGCGCGACACAGCCAAGGAGGCAGCUGACGCGCUGUUUAAUUCCGUGAUGGCCCAGCCCGUGAACAGCCUGGGGAGCCGCAUCCAAGGCUUCGGCAGCAGUGCUGCGCCCGCUCCGCCUUUAAAUACCGCCGGCAGCAACGGCGGGGGAGGCGGCAGGGGAGGCAGCAGUGCUGCGGGCCCGGCGGCCGGCGGCUCACGCAUGACGGGCUUCGGCAGCAGCAGCUACACCGCCCCGCCGGCAUCCAGCAGCGGCCCGGCAGCCGGAGGGUUCGCUGCUUCCUCCCAGAGGGGUGUCAACAGGCCGCUCACCGGCGGCUACGGCGGCGAUGCGAGCGCCGGCAACUCCGCACGCGGGUCGGGUGGCGGCUACGGAGGCGGCGGCGGCGGCGGCUACAGCGCCCCGCCGGUUGCUGCGGCGGAGGUGCUGGGGUCGGAGGAGCAGCUGGUGGACGGCAUCUGCACUCCGGGAGGUCUGCGGCUGGCGCCCGACGCGGAGGACCUGCGUCGCUUCGUGGAGGCGGUGGGCAGCUUGGACGGACUCAAGGUCGGGGAGCUGCUGCACGACAAGAUGGACGGCUCCGCUCCCUGGCAGCAGCUGCUGCGUGCUCUCUUCGCGGUGGAGGCGGUGCUGCUGCAGGGGGCCACGCAGGCAUGCGGUGAGAUCGCGGUGAUGUUCCAGAGCGAUCCCACACCCGUGCAAGCAGCAGCCUCGCACCCGCAGGCCCCCGUGCGUGAGCGGGCGGCCCGCGUGCUGAAGCUGCUGCUGGGGGAUGCUGCGGCGGCGACGGCGCCUGUGCCACCUCCCCCCAACGCAGCGCCUGCGGCCGGUCCCGGACGUGGCAGCGGCACAGUUCCUGCGGCUUCAGGCGCCGCUCCGCAACCUGCAGUGGAUUUGCUAGGCGGACUGGACAUGCUGGGUAGCCCAGUACAUGCCAUGUACGGCGCUCAGCCCAGUCAGCAGCCACAGGCCACAGGGGCAGGCAUGCCGGCUGGUCAGCCCUCUGCUCUGAGCCCACCGCUAGACAUGGGACCACAGUACAACUACGGACAGCUACCGGUCCUGCAACCGGUCCUGCAGCAGAACCAGCAACAGCAACAGCAGCAACCGCCUCGGACGGCGGCUCCCCGGCCAGCCUUGGAUCCAUUCGACGUGCUGCAAGUCCCGACUGGGAACAACCCGCCAGCCGGCGGCUCUCUGCUUCAGCAGACAAUGCAGCUGCAGCCGCAGAUGCUGCCACAGCAGCACCAGCAGCCAGUCUCUGCUCAAGGCCCGUACGGCGGCUAUGGUGGUCUUCCCAGCGGCGGUUCUGCCGGUGUGCAGACGAUGGGCGCGUUUCCGAAUCCGUCAUCGUACGGUGCUGCGCCCCGACCCGCUGCGCAAGCGCCGCCACCGCAGCAGCAGCAGCAACCGCAGAACGGCGGCUGCGCUGCGAGGGGUGCGCCACUGGACGACCUCUUCGCUGACAUGAACCUCUCCGGCGGAGCUCCAGCCCCCGGCGGCGGGGCGGCGGGCGGCGGAGCAAUGUACGGCAUGGGCGGUGGGCUGCCGUACGGCAACAACCCCGGCCCUGCCCAGGGGGCCGGUAGCGGUCUGAUGGGGCCCAGCGGCACAGCGGCUUCUCAGGCGCAGCCGCAGCCAAUGUUUAUGUCGGGUAGCGCAGUGCCGGGCAUGGGCGGGAUCAAGCCCGCAGGCGGCUCUCAGUUGGACUUGCUGGGCAUGUCGGCAGCGACGCCGCAGGCGCCGAGCUUUGCACCGCAGGCGUACAUCCCCGGCGGCAGCAGCGGCGUUGGGACGCCCACGGCAGCUGGAACCCAGUACGGCGCUGCGGUUGGAGGGUUUGCCGGCAACGGCGGCAUGGGGACAUUAGGCAUGGCGCAGCAACUGCAGCAGCCGGCCAAGCCGCCUGCUCCCAUGCACACUGGAGACCUGCUAGGCGGUUUCGGCGCGCUGGGGUCAUCUGGGGCUGCCGGCGUAGGGCCCGGGCCCUCCGGUGGUGCCGCGUACGGUGCAGGGCCGGGGGCUUGGCAGGGUGCCCCGAAUUACAGUGCAGGGGCAGCGAGCAUGGGCAGCAUGGCAGGGGCGGGCGCGGGUAUGGGCAUGAUGGGCAUGGGAAUGGGCCCGUCCUCCAGCGGUGCGGGAAUGGGGUUGGGAAUGGGCAUGGGCGGUGGUGGCGGCAUGAUGGUGGGUCCGGGCGGUCAGGUGCGCUAUGAGCAGCAGGGGCAGCAAUCGGGGAUGCAGGCUGGGAUGGCGAGGCCGGGCAUGCCUGGGUCUAUGCCUGGGAUGGCCGUGUCUGGCAGCUGGCAGCAGCCGAUGCAGGGGGCAGGGCAGCGGCUGCAGCCGGGUGGGGCGGGUGGUCUGCAGCAGCAGUCACAACAGCCGCAGCACGCCGCUUUCGACUUCCUUAUGGAUCAGUUCAAGUGAGAUGUGGAGUCCUGCGGGCCCAGUCCCCGUGGAUAGAGUUGAAUAUACUGCUGCUCCAGACGUGUUUGAAUGUAGGCAGGGGCAGGGACACGAGCAGCGGAAUGUGGAGAAGAGGAGGAGGAAGCGGCUUAUGCUGGCAGCUGGGCAGGUACCGGAGAUCUAGAAUGGUGGCACACAGCUGCGGUCAAUGCGGCACUGAUACCCAUGACCCUGAGCCGUGACUGUAAUGUAAGCUACUUCGCCAUA